ACCCACCUGCUCUCCUGACUACUGUCCUUGACAGUCAUCAUGCCUCAGGGUCAUAAAAGGAAGCUCCACAUCCCUGCAGAACACCACCAGGCCCAAGGUGCAACCCAACAUCUGGGGAAUGCCAAGGAGGAAGCACUGGCCUCCUCGUCCCCUCCUCCAUCUGAAGCUGCCACACAGAAGAAGCCUGGUGCUAGGUCACGUAGCCCUGUCAAGUGGCUUCAGAGAGCCCUGUCCACCAUCAUUAAGUCUGCAGGUGUUUCAAAUGUAGGAUUAUCUGAAGGAGCCAACUGCAAAAUGAAGAACAAACCAAGUUCCUCCAAGGCGCCACCUUCCAUGACGCAGUCUCAGAGAGACCGUCAGACUGAGAUGACCUGUAUGGUGGUACAGUUCCUGAUGCAGAUGUACAAAAUGAAACAGUCUAUUAGGAAGGCAGAUACACUGAAAAUUGUCAGUAAAAAGUACAAAAAGCUCUUCUAUGACAUCCUCAGAAGAGCAUCUUCCAGUAAGGAGGUGGUAUUUGGUGCUGACUUAAAGGAAGUUGAUGCUACACAGCAUUCCUGUACCCUGGUCAGCGAAAUGAAUCUCCCUGGCAAUCAGAGGGUGAGUGGUGGCAGCAGGGGAUUUCCCAAGUAUGGUCUCCUGAUGAAUAUCCUGGGCAUGAUCUUCAAGAACAGCAAUUGUGCCACUGAGCGGAAGAUCUGUGAAUUCCUGAACAACAUGACACUAUAUGCUGGAAAGAGGCAUUUUUCAUUGAGGGAACCAAAGAAGCUCAUCACCCAAGACUCUGUGAAGCUCAAAUAUCUGGAGUACCGCCGGGUGCCCGACAGUGAUCCUCCACGUUACGAGUUCCUGUGGGGUCCAAGAGCCCAUGCCGGGACCAGCAAGAUGAGAGUGCUGGAGUUUGGGGCCAAGAUUAAUCACACCGUCCCCUGUGCCUUUUUAUCUAGGUGUGAAGAGGCUUUGGGAGUUGAGGAAAAAUCCAAGCCACAAUGCCAUGAAGGGCUGGCACCAAUGUCAUGGCAGUGAUCGACUGGGCCACAUCCAGCAGCUGCUCCCACAGCUGGUGAACUUGAGGUCACUUCUUCAUUCUGUAGUUGAAGAGAUCAAUGAGUGUUCUGAGCAGUGAAGAGUUGAGUGUGACUGAAGGAAGACAAGGUAUGAUACCUUAGUGUUCCUAUUCUGUGUGGGUGAUUUGGAGAUUCAUCUGUGUUUUCACUUUGUCUUGUUUUUAGUGGAUUUAC